UGUGAACCAAAGCCCUAGGGUGAAGUGCCUGCAUGGCCUCAGCUACUUCAAUGGGAGAACAACGUCUGUUUCAACAGGGCUGCCAGAGAUGUCUAAAUGAGAUAAUGGAUGGAAAUUCCUGUCAUCGAGGAGGAAAACAACCAAAGCCUGCCUCGUAUGGGUUAAGAACUUGGAUGCCCAAGUCCCUUCACUGUUAAAUGGACAUACUGCCACCUUCUUCGCAGUGAAAGAGACGUCCGUGUAAGCCUAUUUGCACAAAGAAAGCGCCAAUGCUUUUUUCCUCCUAUACAAAGGUGAAGUACUUUUACUUAUUUGAUCUCCAUCCCACCUCCUGUUCAAUGCACUCGGCCUCAAGGUGCGGAGUUGAGCCAAGGGAGUGAGGGAGAAGGGCAGAGUCGCAAACUCUUGCAGUCGGUGCCACCACAAGCUGCUCUUGACGCCUCGGGGACUUGCUGCCCACCCACCGCCGCCCCAGGGGUUUAUUUGCAUCGGGCCCAAGACAGAGUGGGGAGCCCGCCCCCAUUCCCCGCUGAUUGGCGAUGCCCGCCGGCUCGUCACACUCUUUUGUCUCAGCGGGCAGAGGAUAAAAGCGGCAGCGGCUGUCUUGGGAAUCGUGCUGCCUCGACAGGGCUACCCCUAGCUGGGCGGCCGUACGAAGCAGCACCGUCUGGAAGCCCCGGGUCGCCUAGCGGCGGAGGAGGGGGCUGUCCUUUUCUCCUGCGGGGCCGCGGAGACAGGAAGGCGGCAUCCACAGCUGUCAACGCCAGAGCAAACGCUGCUUGCCAGCAGAGCACAGGCCGUCAAAGCCGAACCCGAACUUGACUUCUGUGCGGCUGAUUGCAGAGCUGGUAGGCAGACGAUUUUCCGGGGGAAAUGAAAUGGGGCAGGGGUCGGCUUGACUUAUAUACGGACGGUGGGAGAAGGAAUUUUCCUCCUGGCUGCUGCGGAGGCAGGGGGUUGGGGAGGUGGGAGGGAGCGGGAUGAGGGAUGAGACGGCUCCUGACCUCUGCCCUGCCCGGCUUUGCCCUGCCCUGCGCGGCGGCGCAGUCUGAACGCCCUGAGAUCCCGGAUCGGCGACCUCCGGUGGACAGACAUCGACUCUACCCCUGAGACGAUCUUUCUUCCGGAGGCCACCGGUUGCAGAAAUUGGAAGUGAAAUAAAGGCGUGCGCUCGUUCCUGAGCUCGUCUUCUACUGAGAUAGGAGGAAGGGAUACCCCGCCGGAACACCUGCACAUUAGGCUUUUCCAAAAAAGCCUGAGCGUCUUGUCAUACUCAGAAACCCGGUCGUCAAUCAUGGCUAGCAUCAUUGCACGCCUCGGUAAUAGCCGGCGCCACAAGGCACCCUUACCGCCUUGGGCCCAUUCCAUGUUUAUGUCCCUGGGGAGGAGUCUCGGUCCUUUAAUGGUGGACAUGGCGGAGAGAAACCUGAAGUUGUUCUCGGGGAGGGUGGUGCCAGCAGAGAGGGAGGAAACCUUUGAAAACUGGCUGUUCCAAGUCAAUGCGGUCCUGCCAGAUUGGAAUAUGUCUGAGGAGGAAAAGCUCAAGCGCUUGAUGAAAACCCUUAGGGGCCCUGCCCGGGAGGUCAUGUGUUUGCUCCAGGCGGCCAACCCCAACCUAAGUGUGGCAGAUUUCUUGCGUGCCAUGAAAUUGGUGUUUGGGGAGUCUGAAAGUAGUGUGACGGCUCAUGGUAAAUUUUUUAACACCCUGCAGGCACGAGGAGAAAAGGCUUCCCUUUAUGUGAUUCGUUUAGAGGUGCAGCUCCAGAAUGCUAUUCAGACAGGGAUCAUAGCUCAGAAAGAUGCAAACCAGACUCGCCUGCACCAGCUCCUUUUAGGGGCUGAGCUGAAUGGGGACCUACGCUUCAGGCUGAAGCAACUUCUCAGGACCCAUGCAAAUGAGCAGGAGCGCCUUCCCAAUUUCCUGGAAUUAAUCAGAAUGGUAAGGGAGGAAGAGGACUGGGAUGACACUUUUAUGAAAGGCAAGUGGGCCAAAAGAUCUGAGUCAGUGGUGGAGAGGGCAACCAGCCCAGUGGCAUUUCAGGGCUCCCCAGCAAUAGUGAUCGGCACAGACUGCAACGUGAUAGAGAUAGAUGAUACCCUCGAGGACUCAGAUGAGGAUGUGAUUCUGGUGGAGUCUCAGGACCCUCCACUUUCAUUCUUGGGUUCUCCUCCCCCCAGAAGCAAGGCCAGACCUCGUGAUCAAGUGCUGGUCAUUGAUUCUCCCAGCAGUUCCCAGGCUCAAUAUCCUUCCACCAGCCAGGGUUCUGGGUAUAAGAAUGAUGGCCCUGGGAAUGUGCAUCAAACCAGGAAGAGAAAAUACACAGUCCGCUGUUCAUAUUGUGGCGAGGAGGGCCACUCAAAGGAAACCUGUGACAAUAAGAGCAACAGGGCCCAGGUGUUUGAGAAUCUGAUCAUCACCAUGCAGGAGCUGACACAUACAGAGGAGGAGGGGUCAGGAGAGGCCCCUGGCAAACACACUGACCCUUCUGACCCACAGUGAGGUGCUGGCCUUCAGCCUUAAACGCACCCUGAUCUAUAUUCAGAGUCCAGCAAUGGGAAAACUGGUGGGGGGUGAGGGGACCCGCUUCUAAUUGCAUGAUUAAUCCACAAAGUGGCUUUCCUUUGGGUUGGAGGAGAAAGGGUAUCGGGUACCAGCACAGUGAGGAGAGCUGGCCUCAACUCUGCACUUGCUUCCUAUCCCCCGCUGCUUAAGGGUCUAUUUUCUGUGUGUGCCCAUUUCCCUGAUGGCUUUAUUCUCUUUGUGAAAGUGGUAUAAUUCAUUGUUAAAUCUUCAAACAAUAAGAAAGGUACAAAAAGUAAAGUACAAAUUACCCUAAACCCUCCAACCGUGUAUAACCAUUGUCAACCCUUUGAUGAAUAUCCUUCUGGAUAAUUUCCCUAUACCUGUGCACCCAGAUAGAUAUAUGUAUAGAUAAAAGUGAUCAAAUAUAAGUGCUGUUCUGUAGUCUGUAUUUUUUCACCAGGCAAUAUAUGUUGUGAGCUGCUUUCUAUGUCAAUAAAUAUAUAUCAGUAUCUAUUUUAAUGCCUCUGUGGUGGUAUUUCAGAAAAAGGUAAAGGAAAAAGGAAUAAGAGAAGUACAGUAAAAAGCUAUAAAGGGGAGGAGUCAUACCCCAUGGUAGGGUUCUAUCAACCUCAUUUUGUAGAUUAAGAAAAGGGAAGAAGAAAUGGGCUGAAGUAUUGCCCAAAUAUUCCCCAAAGUUAAAUGGACAAAGCCCCUUACCAUAAUGGACCUGUCCCUUAAGUCAUUAAGCCAAAUUUUGUCACCUACUAGUUGACAAUGCCCCAGUGCAUCUUUCUCUAAUGUAUCCAGAGGAUUCUGAUGGCGGGGGGUGGUCUCGGGCUGAGGUAUAGCUCCAAAUGGGGAUUCCUGGUCACGUUGGGGAGGACAUUCUCCCUCCUUUGUGUGGAUUCCCUAGAUUGCUGCUGCUCCUGCCUCUCAACAUCCUGAUCACAACCUGGAAUCUCUUCUAUGGGCUGACACCAGCCUCUCCUCACUCUCCAGUCAAGAGAUGGUGAGAGGAGGUACUCAGGGGGAGCCCAGCAUCAAAAGGCGCAGCUCCUGAUGGCACUUGAGCCUCCCCCCAUAAGCCCUGAAGCUGAAUGCUAGGGGACACAGACAGCCCCAGGCCUCCAAGCCCACCCUACCCGAACCCAAGAACUGGGACUAGCUGGGGAGAGAUGGAAAGCAAUCUAGUUGCCGGGGCACAUGACAGAACCUGGGGAUCUGAAUGCCCAGAAGGCUACACAGCAUUCUAGUGGAGUGGAGGGCUGUUAUGGGGGAGGGAGAGGAGAGGGACCUUCUCUGGAACCUGCCAUCUCCUGUGCCAUCUGAUUUCACAUUGGACGGUGAUAAACAGGCAUGUGUGUUACCUCAGACCCCAAGGGUCUCUAUGUUUCUUGUAGGUGCACAAGUCCUUAUUUCUGUGAGCAGGACAAGGGUGGGGGUGUGUGGAGACCUGAGGACCCAAGGAAGUUUGUCAUGCAGGACACUGGGGGUCCAACAGAGCUGAGAGGACAGUGCACACAGCAGUGGGAGAUGGUGCAUCAGGGCUGUAAGGGGAAGGCUGGAGCGAGUGAGGGUCCCUGACCAGGCAGACUCACAUCCGGAUUGACAAGGACAGGAAGCCUGGGAGGAAGCUUGAGUUUUUUCCUCAAAAAACUCAAAAUAGAAAUAACAUUUGACCUAGGACUUCCACUCCUGGGAAUUUCCCUGAAGAAAACAAGAUCACAGAUUCAAAAGGACAUAUGCACCCCUAUGUUUAUCGCAGCACUAUUUACAAUAGCCAAGAAAUGGAAGCAACCUAAGUGUCCACCAGUAGAUGAAUGGAUAAAGAUGUGGUACAUAUACACAAUGGAAUAUUAUUCAGCCAUAAGAAGAAAACAAAUCCUACCAUUUGCAACAACAUGGAUGGAGCUAGAGGGUAUUAUGCUCAGUAAAAUAAGCCAGGCGGAGAAAGACAAGUAUUAAAUGAUUUCACUCAUCUGUGGAGUAUAAGAACAAUGACAAAACUGAAGGAACAGUACCAUGUGGGAGGGGCAUGGGGAGGGCUGUGCAACACAGAGAAGACAAGUAGUGAUUCUACAACAACUUACUACGCUGAUGGACAAUGACUGCAAUGGGGAAUGUGGGGGGCA